AUGAUGCUCAUCGACAAACAAGGUCUUGGGGCUCUGCUGGGGUUCCUCGCCUUUGCCAGCCCAUCCCUCGCCGGCUACAACUGCGGCUCGUCGGUCGUGAUCACGGGAGCCACACCCUGCACGUUCUGCCCAGCACCAACAUGCACGAACCUCGAGGUGGGCACGCUGCCGUGCAGCUGUCAGGGGGUAGCGACGCCGACGUUCACGCAGCAGGCCGUGCCGUGCCAGUCGUGGGGCCCGUGCAACACGCUGUCGUGCGCCACCGUGGUCGCGACGUGGACGCAGCCGUGCCCUACGACGCUUGCCACGACCAUCUCCGUCCCCCGGGGCGGCUGCCGCACGUUUUUCGAUACCGUCACCGCCAGCCCGGCAACCGGCUGCCCGCCGGCUCCGGCUUGCAGCACGCCGUACUGUCUCGCUGCCACGACGGAGACGGUGGAUUGUGCGUGUACUCACGACGUGUACAGUACAAGGACGGUGCCGUGCCCGACAAACUGCGCGAGUGUGCCGUGUCCUCUGUCGACGCUGGACUUUGUGUAUACCAACUGCUGA